AUGCCUGGCUUUACGUGCUGCGUGCCAGGCUGCUACAACAACUCGCACCGGGACAAGGCGUUGCACUUCUACACGUUUCCCAAGGACGCUGAGCUGCGGCGCCUUUGGCUCAAGAAUGUGUCCCGUGCCGGCGUCAGUGGGUGCUUCUCCACCUUCCAGCCCACCACGGGCCACCGUCUCUGCAGCGUUCACUUCCAGGGCGGCCGCAAAACCUACACGGUGCGGGUCCCCACCAUCUUCCCGCUGCGCGGCGUCAACGAGCGCAAAGUAGCACGCAGACCCGCGGGGGCCGCAGCCGCCCGCCGCAGGCAGCAGCAGCAGCAGCAGCAGCAGCAGCAACAGCAGCAGCAGCAACAACAGCAGCAGCAGCAGCAGCAGCAGCAGCAGCCGUCGCCGUCUGCCUCCACUGCCCAGACCGCCCAGCUGCAGCCGAACCUGGUAUCUGCUUCUGCGGCUGUGCUUCUCACCCUUCAGGCUGCUGUGGACAGCAGCCAGGCUCCGGGAUCCGUGCCUCCGGUGCCCACCACUCCCACGGGAGAAGAUGUGAAGCCCAUUGACCUGACGGUACAAGUGGAGUUCGCGGCCGCAGAGGGCGCAGCCGGCGCACCCGCCGCAGCCGCUGCGUCGGAGCUAGAGGCUGCUACAGCAGGGCUGGAGGCCGCCGAGUGCCCCAUUGGCCCCCAGUUGGUGGUGGUCGGGGAAGAGGGCUUCCCUGAUACUGGCUCCGACCACUCGUACUCGUUGUCGUCAGGCACCACAGAGGAGGAGCUAUUGCGCAAGCUGAACGAGCAGCGGGACAUCCUGGCGCUGAUGGAGGUGAAGAUGAAGGAGAUGAAGGGCAGCAUCCGUCACCUGCGUCUCACCGAGGCCAAACUCCGUGAAGAACUACGCGAGAAGGAUCGGCUGCUGGCCAUGGCUGUCAUCCGCAAGAAGCACGGAAUGUGA